AUGGUACAGCCAGCAGCAGCAGCCGCGGCUGCCGCGGAUGCGGCGACAACAGAUGGCGUUGCUGCUGCGGGGGAUGCCCCCGCAGGAUCAGCUUCGCGGGAGCAGAGCAGCAGCAGCGGGUGGACCGACACUGCAAGUGUAGAUUCUGCUUCAAGUGCCGUAAUGCCGCCGAGGCGUAGUGAUAGCGCAACAGAUAAAAGGGGCCUCAGUGAGUCGCCUCCGGGGGCCUUGUGGGCUUCUCCAGCCUACGAAGCUCGGGAGCCUGGUGAGGGAGCAGAGGGGCAAUUGGCUUCGCCGUAUUCAUCGCUACAGCAGACCAGCAGUCGCAGCAGCAGCUGCAGCAGUCGUAGCAGCCGCAGCAGCGCCGGUGGCGGGUCUUCCGGGGGACAUGCGGGAGGAAGCCGCCACGGGGGAAGCAGCAGGUCGGGUACUGGGGGAGGCAACGGGGGCCCUCGUGACUGUGAGGAGGGGGGCCCGGAGGGGGGAGACCCUUCUGCUGACAGUGACGUGUACUUCACGGAGAGCGACGAUGAAGAUCAUCGGGAGUACAGGAGUGGCGGCUAUCAUCCCGUGUCUGUGGGGGAGAUAUACGCGAAUAGGUACCGCAUCGAGGCGAAGCUCGGCUGGGGCCACUUCUCGACUGUCUGGCUCGCAACAGACCUUAAAGCUGUUCCCCUCGAGUUUGUGGCGCUGAAGUUCCAGAAGAGUGCCCGGCACUACACAGAGGCAGCAGCCGACGAAGUGCAGCUGCUGACCAAAGUCAAGGACGGCAUGCGCCACCCCUGUUGGAGAGAAGCAGCCAAGUCUUUCUCGAGCGCCAUCCGUGAGCGGCAUGAGGCGGCGGGUAUGCCCUAUGAGCCGCCGCGGAAGCUUCCGCUGCCUCCAGUGGUGUUGUUUAAAGAGCAGUUUCAGCACAGGGGCCCCAACGGAGAGCAUAUGUGUCUUGUCUUCGAAAUGCUAGGCCCGAAUUUGUUGUCUUUAAUAAAACGCUACAACUUCAGGGGGUUGCCGCUUCCUCUGGUUCGGCGCAUAGCGCAUGACAUACUGCACGGGCUGCACUAUCUGCACGACGUCUGCGGCAUUAUCCAUACGGACCUGAAGCCUGAAAACGUCUGCGUGUCGGCCUAUCCGCUGCCGCCACCCAACCCGCUGGUGGCUCCCUUGUCCACCGGCCAGCAGCAGGAGCAGCAGGAGAUGGAAGGUCUCACCGCCGAAAUGCGGAAACGGCUGAGAAAGAAGAAAAAGCGCAAGCAGCAGCGCCUCAAAAAGAAGGCGGCAGCAGCAGCUGCUGCUGCUGCUGCUGCGGGUGAAGAGGAAGCUGCCCAAUCCGAGGAAGAAGGGGAGGCGGAGGAGGAGGAGGAGGAGGGAGAAAAGCAGCAGCGGGAAGCAGCAGGGGCAGCAUCAACUGCGGCUGCUGGUGCAGGCGCGGCUGCCGGCGCGGCAGGGGCUGCAGCCGAAGCAGCUAGCAGCAGCGCAGCAGCGGAGCAGCAGGAGGGGGGUGCAGUGCACGUGCCGUACGUUAGGCACUUGCUCAAGCCGAGCCGAUCGGAUCCUUCUCUGUUGACUUCUUACAAGGACGAGAUCCAUGCGUUACAGGGAUCUCUUCAGAAACACGUUUAUAAUUACGUGGGGUACUCACAGUACCAGCCGCAGUCGGCUUACUGCUGCCCCAAGACGGGAGGCAGGGUCCUGUACUGGCUGCCUAAAGAGAGGCCUGAAGAGGAGUCCCAUCGGGAGGCAGGAGAGGAGGCAGAAGGAGCGCGGAACCGCCUGCCGCUGCUGCACGACGAACUGCUGCUCCAUCCGGCAGCAGAUAGGCUCUACAACCAGAGACUGAAGGAGGUGGCGCGCACCAGCGAUAAGAGAGAUGCACAUGGCCAUCUUCUGUACGGGCCGUAUAUCAAACUCGAAAAUGAAGAGCAGGCCGAGAAGGACAUGACCAUCGUACAGACCUCGGAAGGACCGAUUUGCAUCAAGCCUCUGCCUCCCAGUUCGUUUGCCUUCGAACAUCCGAACGCGGUGUACAAGCUGUGCGACUUAGGGAAUGCUUGCUGGGCCCAGGAGCACUUCACUGAUGAUAUUCAGACUCGUCAGUAUCGCUCGCCAGAGGUGAUCAUUCGCGCUGGAUAUGACUGCACGGCGGACGUGUGGAGUUUCGCUUGCAUGGUGUUCGAAUUGGUAACGGGGGAUUAUCUUUUUGAUCCGAAGAGCACCAACGAUUUCGACAGAGAUGAAGACCAUCUCGCUCUGAUUAUCGAACUUGUGGGGCCGAUGAGUUUGAAUUUCGUUUCCCGCGGCCGUAAUUCGCAUCGCUUCUUCCGGGAACGGUCGACGGACUUGCGGCGAAUUGAUGACCUGCGGUUUUGGCCGCUUGUGGCUGUCCUUAGAGAGAAAUACCUCAUGGGGGAGGCGGAGGCUGUGGCUCUGUCUGACUUUUUGGUGCCCAUGUUGGCGCCCGAUCCGCUGAAACGCCAGGGGGCAAAACAGAUGCUUGACCAUCCUUGGCUGCGGAUGCGCUCCCCAGAAGACGAGGUGGCCUACUGCGAGAUGCGCAACAACAUGCACGUCUCCAGGCCAAACUUGGAUGCGCCCCUUCUGUCUCUAUCCCCUGGGCACUCGCCGGCUGACAUCGCAGUGGGCCCCAACGCCUUAUGUGGCCGCCGCCCUGAGGAGGCCCACGGGUCUGCCCCGCCCGGAGCUGGUGCGGGGUGUAUGUACAGCUCGGCUCCGGGGUAUGGCCCAUCACCCCCCGUGAUUGGGGUGUCGUCACCCUACGCGCUACAGCAGCACCAACAGCAGCUGCAACAGCAGCAGCAGCUGCAGCUGCAACAAGAACAGCAGCAUCUCUAUGGCUCGGUUGUUCUACCCGCCGGUGGAGGCCCCGUCGACCCGAGCAGUGAGCUCUACACCCUGCAACGGCAACAGCUGCUGCAGCAGCAGCUGCAACAGCAACAGCAGCUGCAACAUCUACAGCAGCAGCAGCAGCUGCAGCACAUGCAGCAGCAACAGCUGCUUAUGGAAGGACUGGGGCGUCAUGUUGAGGGAGACAGGAGCAAGACGACCCAGGCUACUGGCGGAAUCCUUGGCGUUGUUGGGGGGAACAAUACGGGCUGCAGCAGCACGGCAGUGACGGCGGCAAGCAGCAGCAGCGGCAGAGCAGGUGCAGCGACAGCCCCUGGAGCAGCAGCAGCUGCUGCUGCAGCUGCAUCUGCCGCGAGGAUGCUGAUGGGCUACCCGGGAACGAAUGACCCGCAGUACUUCCGCGCCAGCAGAGACUGUUGGGAUGGCCGGGCCGUCCCACCUUUCCCGCCCAUUGGCAGCAACAGCAGCAACAGCAGCAGCAGCGGAGCUGGUGGCCUACGUCCAGAGGCCAGCGGAGUGAACUGGAUGGUUCGCGGGUAUCAGCAUUCAGGGGUAGCUGGGACAGGAGACGCUCCCCAGCAGCAGCAGCAGCAACAGCAACAGCAGCAGCAACAGCAGCUUCCUUCUGCACGAGGAGGCGCUGGCAACUCUCCUGCUGACAAGCGUGCGGACGGCCUCCACCAAGGGAGCGGCGCCCGGGUCUCUGUCAAUCCGGCCGAGACGGAAGGCGAGGCGGUUGCUGCGCCUGCAGGAGAUUGGGGAACUGUAGGCGGACCUGUUUCUUGGAUGCCCGAAGCAGCCGUGAUGCAGCAACACCAACAGCAGCAGCAGCAGCAGCUCGACCAGCAGCAACAGAUGCGGCAACACGUACAGGAGAUGCAGGAGAGAAAACAAGAGUUCUUACGCCAGCAACAAGAACUGAACAGAAUGCUCAAGGGGGUGCAGCAGCUGCAGCAUGGUUUAUCAGGGAGCUCCUGA